AUGGACGUCCCUAUGUUUGCCGUGGCGGUGUUGAUCCUGGCCUGCAUCGAGCAGAGCCUGGCCUCCUGCGUGGUGGACAGCUUCAUAGUCAAAGAGGACUUCGACCCCGUGAGAUACGCUGGAAAAUGGUACGCUCUGCAGAAGAAAGACCCCGAGGGUUUGUUCCUGCAGGACAACAUCUCUGCUGAAUACACCGUUGGAGACGAUGGCUCCAUGGUGGCCUCCUCCCGGGGCAGAGUCACUCUCUUCGGGUUCUGGGUUGUGUGUGCGGACAUGGCUGCUCAGUACUCCGUGCCCGAUCCCGUUACCCCCGGCAAGAUGUUCAUGAACUACCAGGGCCUGGCCAGCUACCUGUCCAGUGGCGGUGACAACUACUGGGUCAUUGACACAGACUAUGAAAACUACGCCAUCACUUACGCCUGCCGCACCCAAAAGGAGGAUGGAAGCUGCGAGGACGGCUACUCCCUGGUCUUCUCCCGUAACCCCCGUGGCCUCGCCCCCGCCAUCCAGAGAGUCGUUCGCCAGAAGCAGGAGGAGGUCUGCAUGGCCGGACAGUUCCAGCCUGUGCUGCAGACCGGAGCGUGCUAA